CCUGAUUUACGGCAAUCAAGCGUCAGGUCGCACUGCGAAGAACAGGAACUGGUGUGAUCGUGGGGGGGUAAUGGAGGUCCAGCAAACCCUGACCAGGAAAAGGGCUGCUGAAUAUGCGACAAAGUGAAAUUAAAGCAAGACAAGGUUGUUAUGGAUGACGCAAAGACUUAAAAUGUGAGAUAAGUAGAAUGUGCCCUGUUUCGCAGUCUGACAAGCUAGCUAGGAAACCAGCUGAAGUCUGUUUAUUUUGCGUGUAUUUGAAGUUAACAGUUGACUCUCCGCUUUCAUUAUAUAGAGCAGCUUAGUAUUUCCUCGAAAGUCAAAUGGACAGAAUAAUGUAAUUUUAUUCUGUUCCAUUUGCAGUGUACGCCUUAUCAACAGCUGAUUGGUUUAAGUAUCGUAGCUAGACUAGCAACAGUAAAGAAAGUCGUCAGUAAAAGGUGUUUUUGUGCAACUAAUUAGCUGAGUUUUUCACUGGAAACUGUAAAUGCACUUGCCAUUUUAAACAUUUCUGUCUAAUUUUUGGUGGCAAGAUACCCAGUUCUCUGAUAUUGCCUCCGUGAAACACAACGCAAGGAAAGACACAGAGCGUGUUUUUGUAACUUCUGCAUGUUGAAUAAAUUAAAAUGUGGCUUCAGCAGAGAUUAAAGGGCCUGCCGGGAUUGUUGUCUAGCAGUUGGGCCAGGAGGAUUCUUCUAGGUGUGCUGCUGUUCCUUAUUUUUUAUUGGUAUCUUAGCUCAGAUGGCAUUUUGAGAUUUUUGAGUCGCUCAGGGGAUCUCGGGGGGGCGACUGGGCUCUGUCUCCAUGCGGCCAUGCAGAGUUGGAAACCGCAUGUCGACUGGGGUGACGGUGUUGUCAUCGGCCCCCAGAGUAAAACCCCUGUACCAGCCGUGGUUGGUAACGGACACUUCUUGGUAGAUAUAGAUGCUAACAGGCUGUGGGUGGCCUCAUCUUUUCAGGCCGGCUCAGUUCCGGUUCACCAGACCGAAUACUCUCCCUUGGUCACACUGGAUGUGCCAGGAAAGAGGGCAGAAGCACGUUCUGGGGUCAUCUUAUUCAACAAGGGCUCCAUGGUGUCCGUCCACUGCGUUUCCAUGACGAGCUCGCAGUCGGCCCGGGAGUGUAUCACCAUCACAGAGGAGCUCCUCGCUCACCGGAGCCGGCCGAAUGUCUUCCUCCAGAGGAUCCGCGUCGCCAAUCCGUCCGAGCGGACGGUUAACAUUGACGUGUCGUCCGUGUCACCUUCGUACGGGAACAAGUUCUCCUCCAGCCUGGAGAAGACUGAGGAACGGGAGUUUAUCUUGUCUUUUGGCAAGGUGCUGAUGGAGAAGAACCACAUUGUGCUUGUGAUUGUGGCCACCAAGAAACUGCAGGGCCGCCUGCAGGUGGCAGGAAAGUCAGAGUACGUGGAGAACGUGCUGUCAGCGGUCUACACCUCAGAGCCCAUGGAGUCCUCGAAGGUGGAGGAAGCGUUCACAAAGCUUCGAGAUGCAGCGAAGAAAGAGAUCGGUGAGCUACUGAGAGCCAAUGUGGAAGAUCUCAUACAGGAACACAGACAGGCCUGGACGGACCUCUUCAUAUCUGGCAUAGAGAUGCGAAAGAUCACUGACUCGCACACGCCCUCCAGCAACACCGUGAACAGUACCCUCUACUACAUCCUGUCUGCCUCAUCGGCGCCCCUGCUGGACAGGAGGAUCAGCGCAGAGGACCGUAAGAGUUUGGAGUCCAGUCUGAACUACGCAGACCACUGUUUCAGCGGCCACGCCACCAUGCACGCGGAGAACCUGUGGCCGGACCGCGUCAGUAGUGUGGCGCAGGUACUGCAGCUGGUGACGCUGUGGAACCUGACGUUGCAGAAGCGCGGCUGCAAGACGCUGGUGGCCGCAGGGGCGCACGGCGUCAUGCAGGCUGUGGUGCUCAGCUUCGGCGGCCUGCAGUUCACGGAGAACCACCUGCAGUUCCAAGCGGAUCCCGACGUGCUGCACAACAGCUACGCCCUGCGCGGGAUCCACUAUAACAAGGACCUGAUCAAUCUGGCCGUGCUGCUGGAUGCCGAAGGCAAACCGUUCCUGCACGUGUCCGUCAAGCCCCAGGAGAAGCCCGUCAAACUGUACGCCUGUGAAGCUGGCUGCGUCAACGAGCCUGUGGAGCUCACCUCCGAAACCAAAGGCCACACCUUCCCCGUGAUGGUGACCCAGCCAAUCACGGCCCUGCUCUAUAUCUCCACCGACCUGACGCACCUGCAGGACCUGAGGCACACGCUACACGUUAAGGCCAUCCUGGCUCACGAGGACCACAUGGCCAAGCAGUACCCCGGGCUGCCCUUCCUUUUCUGGUUCAGUGUGGCUUCGCUCAUCACUCUCUUUCACCUCUUUCUGUUCAAACUCAUCUACAACGAGUACUGUGGACCCGGAGCUAAGCCCCUCUUCAGAAGCAAGGAUGAUCCCAUUGUCUGACAGCCAUCGGACGCCCCCUUGCCAAGGGAUCCCCCCCUCCCACUGGCAGUUCAGCUGCAGUUUGGAGUUUAAGCUGAAGGUUCACUCACUGCAUUCUUUCCGCUGUCAUGUCCCCUGUUCGUCGAUUUUACCUGGCAUCUCACCCCAGGGUGUCACCUGCCAUUACCCUGUGCUCCAAGGCCUUCAUAACCCUGUUCUGGAUAAACUGCUAUGGAAAAUGGUUGGGUGCAAUGAUUGUACAGUUUUCUCUCAUCAAAUAUUGACUCAAGUUCCAGAAUUUUAGCUGGACAAUGUCAAAAAAUUUCCCUGCAACGGGUACGCUGUGUCUGUAUGUCGUUUUCGUUCCUGUGAUGGAAAUAUCAUCUUUUAUUAUUAAUUAAUACUUUGAAUUGUUGUUUUUUUGGUUGAACAAGCGCACAUGUGUAAGGGUUGCCAGACUUUAACUGCAUUCAGUAAGUAGGUGUGUGAUUGUUGAGCAUCAUUAUAAGGAAUGAAGAGUCGGGAUUUUCUUUAUGGGCUUAUUCCUCUUUCGGAGGGAUCUCUGCAGCUGCAGUACAUGGCGUCUGGAGCGUGUGAGCAGAAGGUCUGCGGCUGUUUGCAUCGUCGUGAGUGUGCGCGUGUGCUUCCCAUCAGAUUUGGCUGCAGUAGAGCUGAAGACAAAACAUUGCGGCAGCAAGGACAUGCGGCUUAGCAGGCAUAAUGACAGCUGGAUAUUUGGUGCUCUGACCUCUCUUAUUAUGGGGGAGGUUUUAGAAUAGUAGGACACUGCUGUGUAUUUCAUUCAUGUAGGUUAUGUUGCGUAGGAAGUUGCGAGUAAACAGUAACUGCUUAAUUCAGCAAGUAAUAUUGCAAAUAUAUUGGUUUUAUAACAAAAAAACUCACUUCUUUUUUACUAAAUUAUACUAAAUGGGCUGUUCUGCAUUAAAGAAUCAUUACCAAGCAGUCUCAUUCGACCUUUGCAGUAACAUAAAACGCCAAACAUUUGUGUGCAAUUACAGUAAAAUGGCAAGAGCAGAAAUGAGUCAGUCAAAAAAAAAUGUGUGGAAGAUAUGUACAGAUACAUUAAAUAUUGAUUAUCAAUUGACAUUUGUUAUGAAACCAAUAAAUUAAGUGUCCCAAGACUUUCUGUGAACACUGUAUGUUAAUUAUGAAAUGCCAGUUACAUGAAUGAAUGAUUGCAUGUAUUGUUGCAUGUAUUACAUAUACGGGCCGGUGUUUAAUAAGCCCUGCAUAUGUGUGAGGGUCAGAGAUGCGGCUUCCCUGGUAUCUAGUAGUUCUGCAGGAUGUUUCGCUGCAUUUUUUUCUCCUUCCUUUUGUCCUCCGCUUGUUUGCACUUUAUCCACAGAAAGCGAAGCAGCCCCAUGAUGUCAGCACUCAUUGUUCAGUCAGCAGCUGACCGCCAGUCCCCAUGUAAGCGUUCAAACGAAGGUGGUUUUGUGGGAGCUGGACGUUAAGGAAAAGCGCAGCCCCCGUUCGAAGGGAUACAGACAGUGUCAUGACUGGGAGUCUUAACCGCAGGGGGUCUUGGUUCAAAUCCCAGGCAGAGCUGUGAUUUUCAGCCCCUUAAUUAACACCUCGACUUGGCUUUUUUAAUGUUGUGCGAGUAGGUGAAGUCAAUAGUGAUAAAAGCCGCGUCAUACUUAGUAGAAAAAGCAAAGCAAAGGCUACUUUAUUGUGUUUUAAAAUCCAUGAAGAGCUUCCAGGACAUCAGAAAAUGUUACGGAAGCUGCAUAGAGAAGAUUCCAGAAACAUUAAAUUUGUACUUUAAUCUUGUACUUUAUUGUUUUUAAAUGGAUGAUUUACUCGAGAUUCGGAUAGUUACCCAAUCAAAAGAACCUCACAUCAGAAACUACUGAAUGAUUUAUUAAAAAUCUUUUAAAUGGAAUUGUGUAGCAGAAAUAGGAUUAAUAGCUAACAAUGCACAUUGAAAUACAUUAACCUAAAUAAAUUCACUGUACACUGAUAAAUCACUGGAUGUGCUUGAAUUUAAUGUAAUUUGUUUAGCUGUGAUACAUUGUUUGGGCUAAUUUAAUUACUGUGUGGGUCAGAUUAUUUGAUGUAUCAAAACACCUUUACGUUUGAUUUUAGUUGUAAAUUACAUGCAUUUUAGUACUGAGAAAACCUGCCAGAAAUGCUUGUUUAUAUAAAUCUUUGUCAUAAAUUUUGUACAUUAAUCUCUGAUGUUAGACGCCUUGUGUUAUUCCUCACCUAAUAGCUAUAACUACUUGUGUGGGUGUCAGGAUGCCUGUCCGCUGAUUAUUGGAUAAUGAUUUUUACAUUUGGGGCGAAUUCAAAUCUGCUUGUUCAGUUUUCAAAAACAUAUAAAUAAAAGAAGAAAAGCAAAAUGUUUUAGAA